UUUUAAUAGGUAUGGGGCAAACGAGUUUUAGAAGAAAUAUGUCUUUCUGGAUUCCUGUUAAAAAGAACAAGGUAGACGUAGCUAAGCCUAAAGUGAAGAACAUCACAUCAUUCCAGGAUGCUCUGAGAAUUACCGUCAUCAUAGGACAGGUCUUCUCCUUACUCCCUUUCGUCGGAGUAUUUACCAAUGUGGCUAGUAAUGUCAAGUUUGUGAAAACAUCAUGGAAGUGUGUAUACUCGUUACUGUCGCUCAUUGGCCAGAUGUUCAUGGCAGUGCUGUGUAUCAAUAAGCUGGCAAAGACUACUGUUUCUCUCAAUGGCACAUCACCAGUAAUAUUCUACGUAACAACCUGCGUGACGAUGAUGCUGUUCUUCCAAGUGGCUCGGCGCUGGCCUGCGCUGGUGCAGCACAUAUCUAAGGCCGAGGAUAUGGAUCCCAACUUCGAUUGCAGCCUCACUAGAAAGUGCAAUAUUACCUGCGCUGUCGUCCUCAUACUGGCUUUAUGUGAACACAUACUAUCGUUAUUAUCAGCUUUUGCGGGAGCCUCGGCUUGCUAUUCAGGAAUGGAUACUUACGAAGGUUUCGUCACCCACUUCUAUCCUUGGGUGUUCAGCUAUCUACCUUAUUCCAUCGUAUUGGGUGUUAUAACUCAGUUCCUCCACUUCCAGUCGACGUUCAUAUGGAACUUCUCGGAUCUGUUUGUGAUCUGCAUGAGCUACUAUCUGACGUCACGGCUGGAGCAGGUCAACAGGAAGCUGCUGGCGGCUCAGGGCAAGUAUCUACCAGAGAUAUUCUGGAGAGCUACCCGUGAGGACUACUGCAGAGCCACACAGAUAGUACGGAAAGUAGACGAAGUCAUCAGUGGAGUGGUCUUCAUAUCCUUCGCUAAUAACCUCUUCUUCAUCUGUCUGCAACUCUUCAAUACUUUAGAAGACGGCUUAAAGGGCACAGGAGAAUGCACUCCGAAGUUGAAAAAGAUCGUAGUAUCAAAAAGCGGUCCACUAGGGGGCCACGAAGCCGCAGCAUACUUCCUCUUCUCCCUGGUUUACUUGCUGUCCCGGUCUGUAGCUGUGUCCCUCAUAGCUUCUCAAGUGAACAGUGCCUCAUCAGUGCCAGCGCCUGUGCUGUAUGAUGUUCCUUCACCUGUGUAUUGUGUUGAGGUGCAGAGGUUUUUGGACCAGGUCAACGGGGAUAAAGUGGCGUUAAGUGGCCUACAGUUUUUCUCAGUAACCCGAGGAUUACUUUUAACUGUGGCGGGCACCAUAGUGACAUAUGAGCUAGUGAUGUUCCAGUUCAACUCAUCGACACCCACUCUCAAUAUAACUUCACCCACUGUCGUUACUCACACUAUUACAACACUAGCUACUUGAA